AUGGGAACAAUUUCUCGUCUUCCUGACGAAAUCAUUUGUUUAAUCCUUGCACAAUUUGAUUCUAUUCAAGUGGCCAAAUUGGAACAUGUUUGUAAGCAAUGGAAAAAUGUUGCCAGAUCACAUAAAUCGCUUUGGAAGGACGCCUUAUUCUUAGAGGGCAAUCGUGAUUUAUCCACCAAAUUUGUCAAUCGACGCUUGCUGGCAUUAACGAAACGUAGUGGUGGUACACUUGAUCAUCUUGGGGCUAGCUUAGAUCUGACCGAUGUCAGGAUCGAUGCUAUCAAGAAGUUCAACGAUCGUUUACUAACAGCAAAUGUGCAAAAUUUAUGGCUUCACAUGGAACCCAACGAAAAUCCUUACGAAUCAUGGGAAGACCAUAUUCACAUGGGAAAUUAUAACAAACUUGUGACAAAGACACUCAAUACUAUUGCACAAUGCACAAACUUAAAGUCUUUACAUGUACAACUUUUUGGUUCAACAAUGUUCGAGCACGAUGCAGAGAGAUUUCCACGAAAAUUAGCAAGCAAACCAAUAGCCCAAUGCAAGCUCGAAAGGAUCACUUUGAACGGGUUCAGAAACGAUACACUCUUUGAAGAUGAUGCUUUAUUCCAUAUGCUCGAGAAAGCUCGUGUGAUUGAGAUCACACUGAAAGAUGAUCCUGUGCCAGAAAAGCACGCUUUACGAUUAUUAGAAGGUGCAAAAGAUACGCUAGAAGAAUGUCAAUUCGAUAUUCUCGAAGAUAAGACAUUGACGAGGAGCUCAUCAAAAAUCUUGACACUCCCGCACUUAUUCAGACUGUAUUUGUGCAGCAAGCGUGAGCCAGGACGACGUAUGCCGCAGCGCUCGAUAGCAGAGUCGGAAAGUCAAACAGAGGAUGUCUCUCACGUAUUCUCCGGAACAUCUUUGGAUUGUCCACGAUUGAAGGAAGUAUACUUGGAAGGACAAAUCUCGUCAUCUUUACGUCAAGAUUUACUGAAAGAUAGCUUGGAAACGUUGCAUAUUGAUAUGAUGCACAAUCCUUUAUUAUCGAAAGCAUCUUUAUUGAAAAAUUGCACAAGAUUGAAAAAGUUGGUUUUGGAGUACAUUCCUUACUAUUGUCAAGCAUAUUUGGAAGAUCUUAGAAAUGAUCUAUCAUUCAUUCCUUUAGAAGAAUUAAUCCUCGUAAGGGCUGAAUUCGGCAAAGGUGAUGAGCUAGUCGAACUUAUCAAAGCGCGCAGAGAAGAUCCAAAAUUGACCACAAUUCAACGUUUGUAUCUCGUCGCUUGCUCUACACUUGAGCCAGAGCAUCACGCUUGGUUGAGCAAAAACGUUGAGGACUUUCAACAAGUGGGCCGCUCAAUCCUGAGCGGCGACAAAAAGAGUGAUCCUAAUCAACCGAUACACUUCUAUGACAAGUUUAAAUCGAUUUUACACAGGCGAAACUACAUCGAAUCCCCUAUGAUCGUUCCACAAACGUGA